UCACACAUCAGCACAACUUCCUGCUUGUGAGUCAGUGCUCGUGUGUAUUUUGUGGUUUUGACACGGUCACAGAGUUCGAGAGAGAUAAAAAGAGAGUGUUGCUGGGUUCAGCUUGACAGUCACUAUAAGAGUUGCAGCCGACAUCAGCGGAGAGCAGUAGAAUGGAGCCAGAGGAGAUCAGGGAGGGAUAUUUGGUGAAAAAGGGCACAGUGCUGAACUCUUGGAAGGCCGUGUGGGUGGUACUGUCAGAGGAUGGUGUGGAAUUCUUCAAAAAGAAAACAGACCGUUCUCCAAAAGGAAUGAUCCCUCUGAAGGGAGCAACCUUCGUCAGUCCGUGUCAGGAUUUUAGCAAAAGGACGCUGGUUUUCAAGUUGACCACUGAGAAGAAGCAGGAUCACUUCUUCCAAGCUUCACAUGUGGAGGAGAGAGAGUUUUGGGUCAAGGACAUCAAGAGAGCCAUAACCUGCCUGCAGGGGGGGAAAAAGUUCGCCAGGAAGUCAACCAGACGCUCCAUCCGCCUGGCCGACACGAUUAACCUCACUGAGCUGUACACACUCAUGAAAGACCAGGAUGAUGGGGUGAAAGAGUUGAAACUGGAGCAGGAGAACCGAGUCUUCAAUCACUGUUUCACAGGUGUGACGGUGGUGGAUUGGCUAAUUUCAAUGGAGAAAGCAAGAAACAGGCCUGAGGCCCUUAUGUUAGCAACAGGCCUCCUGAAUGAGGGUUUUGUGCAGCCUGCAGGUGACCGGUCCAAAGACGGAGCAGAGAGCGCCGAGCUGACCACCUUCUUAGAUCACACAGACGCUCUGUACUACUUUGCCGACAGUGGGUUCUUCUGUGAAGGCUACUCCAGUGAUGAAGAUGUGCUUCUGAAGGAGGAAUUCAGAGGAAAUAUCAUAAAACAAGGCUGUUUACUUAAACAGGGACACAGGCGAAAAAACUGGAAGGUGCGAAAGUUCAUCCUGAGAGAUGACCCUGCCUUUAUGCAUUAUUAUGAUCCCACCAAGGGCGAUGACCCUCUGGGCUCCAUCCAUCUCCGUGGCUCUGUGGUUACGGCGGUGGAGUUUGUCCCUGACGCCAAAAAGUACAACAUUGACGGCAACCUCUUCGAGAUCAUCACAUCGGAUGAGGUCCACUACUUCCUCCAGGCUUCCACCAGCGAGGAGAGAAAGGAGUGGAUCAAGGCAAUACAGGCGGUGUCAAAGAGUGGCAAAUAACAGGAGCACGAGGGGAUGCAGCCACGGUUAAACCUGAUGAUUGUAAAGGCUUGAUAGAUCACUCAUUACAUUAAACUGUGUGUCAACCAUAGACUGUAUACAAACAUUUCACAACUAAAUCAUCUUAUUGUUGUACUGUGCCAUUAGACAACAAUGAUUACUCUCUGCCUUCUUAAUCAGGCAACCUUGUUUAUGUGAAGUAUGUAACUCACCAAAGAGAAAUAAAUGUUAUACAUCAAAUCUAACUGUUUUGACAUUGAAAUGUCAAACUAAUGCCUGAUUUAAGUUGAGUGCGUCACCGUUCAGUGAUAUAUUGUUAAACCUGUACCACUUUACACUCCAGCUCAGUAAUAACAAGGUUAUAAGGUUUAACAUCUUGGGACCAGAACCUGAUAACAUCAUGGAUGUACAUUACACAGUGAAAAACAAUCAUGUAUUGACAACAAUGAGAACGUUUUAAGGUUAAGUAUGAUGUUUUUUUUAUUUUCUAUAAUAUAGCAACACCAGAACAAGAACCUGAAAGUACCACAGGGAAGAGCAGCUUGAAAAAGGAACAGAAAAAUGCCACUCUAUUUAAAUCCUAAUUUCGAGUUACAGUUAAUGCUAAUAGCGAAACACACUGUUUUUAAUAAUAGUGACACUGCAUAGUUAAGAGCAAUAAUGCUUUUAUCACUGUCAUAUAAAUACCUUGAAAUUACACCCUAUUACAGAAUUCAAACCUCAUUAUUAUCACUAAGAUAUGACCUGUGUAAUUACCAAGUAUUUCUGUGUCCCCUAAAUAUAACACCAUAUUACCUUGUUAAUAAAGACUCAAAGUAUUCUGUCCAGAUACAAUCA